UAGAUAGCUACAAAGCCAAUCAAGGACGAGUACAGUUGAUUAGCCAUGGAAACAACUGAGGGUAGGUCUACCAAGUGGAGAAGAUUCAUGCUCGUCCUCAACUGCGUAAUCCUAAGCAUAGGAAACUGCGGCGGCCCUCUCAUCUCCCGCCUCUACUUCCUCCGCGGCGGCAACCGGAUUUGGUUCACAAGCUGGCUAGUCACCGGCGCCUGGCCGCUCACUUUCAUCCCCUUAGCCGCCGCCUACGCUUUCCGCCGCUCAACGGAAGGCCCCACCACAAAGCUCUUCUUCAUAACCCCUAAGCUCUUCGCCUCCGCGGCCGCCAUCGGCGUUUUCACCGGCCUCGACGACUAUCUCUACACCUACGGCGUGGCCAAGCUCCCCGUCUCCACCUCCGCCCUCCUCAUCGCCACCCAGCUCGCCUUCACCGCCGGAUUCGCGUUUUUGCUGGUGAAGCAGAAGUUCACGGCCUACUCGGUCAACGCGAUCGUGCUGUUGACCAUGGGGGCCGGGGUUUUGGCGUUCGGGGCGAGCAGUGACCGGCCGAACGGGGAGUCGAAUAAGGAGUAUAUUCUGGGGUUUAUUCUCACGCUUUUGGCGGCGCUUUUGUAUGGGUUUAUUCUGCCAUGGAUUGAGUUGGUGUACAAGCAGGCAAAGCAGGCGAUCACUUAUACGUUGGUUUUGGAGAUCCAGUUGGUGAUGUGUUUCGCUGCUACUGCUUUUUGUACCGUUGGCAUGAUUAUAAACAAGGAUUUCCAGGCAAUUUCAAGGGAGGCAAAUGAAUUCGAAAUGGGAAAAGCGAAAUACUAUGUGGUGGUAAUAUGGACUGCCAUCCUUUGGCAGUGCUUUUACGUGGGAGCCGUUGGUGUGAUAUGUUACGGUUCCUCGUUGUUGUCGGCCGUCAUAAUCGCCGUCUUACUUUCCGUCACGGAGGUGUUAGGCGUUGUCUUCUACGGCGAAAAAUUCGAAUCUCAGAAGGGUAUCUCUCUAGCCCUCUCUCUUUGGGGGAUGGUCUCCUAUUUCUAUGGAGAUUUUAAAAUUAGCCGCAAGACCAACAAGACCAUCAACCAAAAUCAAAACCCAGAGGCUCAAAUGGCCCAAUCGCAAACCCUUCCUAUGUAAUCUACUUCAUUGAGAUUUCAAUUCCAACAAAAAUGGUCUCAUUCAAUAAAAUUUAUAGUUAGUUUCAAAUAUAUUAUGUUUGGGAUUAAUUUACAAUUCGAUAGUGAUGUAUGAGUGUCCUGACUGUGAUAUUGUCAGGUAUAAGACAAGAGUAAAUACAUAGUAGUGGAUUUUUAGUAUUUGUACUCCAAAUUAAAUGUGAAAUAUAUUUUGAGAUUUGCUUAAUGAAGAAACCUUUGG